AUGCACUUCGGCAGAGACAUUCUGUUGCUCAGUAUCCUCACGUUAAUCGUCCUCAUCGGCGAGCUUUCAUGCUUGGAGGGAUCGCCGAGGGACUUCAGUUGGGUACCACACACCCCCGAGCUCGACGCCACCUUCCGUCCCCCUGCUUCAUCGGCGGCCGCGGCGACUGAACACGACGAUUACGGUCAACCAUUCCCGGCCGAUCAUUUUCACCGUUUUCCCGCCCAGGUUGCUGCUGGAGAGCAUCCCGCUGAUUCCCUGGCUUAUCGGCAGGAAAUACCGUUUGACUUCCACGAGAUACAUGGAUCAGGGUUCGUUGGUGGAGAACCACGCACGUCCGAGCUCGACCUUGACGCCAUCUUCCGCCCCCCUGGUACAUCGGCGGCCGCGGCGACGGGACAAGCUGAUCACGGUCAUCCAUUCUCGGCCGAUGAUUUCCGUCCUAUACAUUUUCCAGCCGGGCCAUCAUGUGACCACAAUUACCUCCCACCAGAAUAUUAUCCUACCACGACUGCUGCUGAAGAACAUUCUGCUAAACCCCUAGUUCAGGACGUGCCGGAUGAGUUCGCCGAAACAUUUCAAUCAGCGUUCGGGGGAGCACAAAACUUCGCCGACCUUUUAAAGCUUCUCGCAGGCGGAACAACAGGACCGGAUGGCCUCGUGGCGGCAGGGGCUUCACAGGCACAUUCUGGUGUGCCGCAUUUAUUGGAUAGUCGUAAUCAUCCAAUCGCAGGCCCCAGUACGUCAUACGUGCCCGCCGUCUCGGAGAAUACCUCCCCGUCCUCAUCCACCUUCGGACCCGAUCGAACGCGGAAGCAAAGAGCCGAUCUUUUGGCGAACAACCACAAACCUGAGCCUCGUCGUGUCUCCAGCCAGAAGAAUCCACAGCGCGGCAGAACCCACUUGCACACCUCAUUCCCUCUCCCUGAUGUGCCGCAUGUAUUGGAUAAUCAAAGUAAUACAAUUGCAGACCCUGGUCCGUCGCACGUACCCGCCCUCCCGGGUUAUCCUUUCCCGGCCUCAUCCGACAGAACACCCGCACUCAAUCAAAGACCUUCUCGUAAGCGGAAGCAAAAUGUUAAGCCUUUGGCGGAAAGUCUCAAACCUCAGCCUCCUCAUGUUAACAACCAGACCAAGCGAAGACGCCCCCCAACCACAUUGGUCAUCCCUCUUCCUGACAGCCAACGGCCGGACCUCUCUGAAAGGUUGAUUCGUCAGGGAGGACUAGCGUUUUAUUUGACUGACUUUGCCCCUAAUGAUCCAUCGGAUGAGAUACAAAAGAUAGAAGUAGGUCGGAUCGUGAAACAGCUCAAACUUGACGCGAUCCCGAACAAUCAACUCGUCAUCCCUGAGGACGACUUCUUAAGGAAGCAUCGCUUGUAUCUCGGGUUUGUCAAACCACCUCGGUCCGUCACGGCGCUCGCUAUCAAGCCACCGGGGUAUGUCAAGGGGUCUUCGAAGCCACCCGGGUCUUUCUUGUCGCGCAGCGAUAACAAAGUUCAAGAACAUCCAUAUACAAGAGUGCGUAGAUUAUCGGAAAAACUGCACGACUUCGCGCCUCAUUAUCUGCAUUGGUAUCAACAUUGGUUUGACGAAACUGGGAUAGACUUCGAAAAAAAUCUCCUCCAACCUCACUUUAUCAGUUUCCAGGACGCCGGUGUCCUCUUCCCCCUCUAUCUCUUUUACGUUGAGAUGAUAUCUUCGAUUGUCCCGAGAAAUAAAGAAGUCACCCUAGAAGAUGAACUCUACUGGGCCCAAAAUUUCUUCAACGAAUGGACAAAGAUUUGCAAUGACCCAAAAUAUCAAACUGAUCCUCGGUUCAAAAAGACCAUCGAAUUGUUCAUCAGACAGAGAAAGCGUCCAGGACCAAAAAAAAUUCUUCCACUCCUGUGGAGUUAUUUGGAGCUUUGGAUGAAGACCCAUAGGAAUGGCAUUUUCGAAAAGAAGUCGCGCGCUAUUUCGAAGGUGGUCAAAGAAUUCUUCAACAAUGUCUUCACUUAUGCCUAUUCAGCUCAGCAUGAAAGAUACAUUGCUAGAAUAAUCACUCAGAAUCCUGGAAAAAUUGCUAGCCCCCACCCCCUCCUCCCAGACUACUAUCCUCCCGAAACUGCUAGUGAAGAACGUCCCGCCCAGCCUCAUGCUCUGGACAUGUCGAUUGACUCUAGCGAACUAUUUGAACUCGGAUUCUCCCCCCACGACUUCGACGUCCUUGCGGAGUUCCUCGGACAUGGAGCACCAGGCCCGGAUGGCCUCGCGGAGGGAGGGGCUGCGCAGGCACAUCAUGGCGUGCCGCAUGGAUUGGAGAGGCAAAGUCAUGGCGUGCCGCAUGGAUUGGACAGUCAAAAUCAAGGAAUCGCAGGCGCUGGUCCACCAUUCGUCCCCGCCGUCUCGGAGCAUACCUUCCCACCCGCCUCGGCCGCAACGUCCGGACCCAAUCAAAGACGUAACAAGCGGAAGCACGGCAGUUCCCCCUUGCACAUCCCAAAUUCUUUGCCGGUAAAGCGACAGCGCGGCAGGCCCCGUUUGAUCAACGUCCCACGUCUUCCUCAAGCGGAAUCGAUCGUUCGGGACUCACUUCCAGCCGGGCCGUCAGCUCACUCCUCCCUAUCAGACUAUUUUCCAGCCCAAACUGCUGCUGCAGAACGUCCCACUGACUCUGGGCAGGACGUAUCGUCUGACCCCGGCCAAUUCUAUGGAACCGAGUUCCGCAACAUUCACGACCUUGAUCACGACCUUCUAGCGCGCAUCGGAGGCGGAAGACCAGGCCCGGAUGACCUCGCGGCGUCACGAGCUGCGGAGACACAUUCUAGUGUGCCGCAUGUAUUAGAUACUAAUGGACAUAUAAUCGCAGGCCUGGGUCAGUCAGACGUACCCGCCCUCUCGAAGGAUACCUUCCCGCUCCCCUCCGGCACCACCUCCCCACCAAAGCACAGCCUUGCUUAUGAGCGGCAGCAAAGAGUCGAGGCUGUGGUGAAAAGCCUGGAUCCUCAGCCUCGUCGUGCUAGCCCUGAGAUACGCUGGCCCAAAUUGCACAUCCCACUUCCUUCGCCAGCGGACCCAGAGCUCUCUCAAAAGUUCCGUCGACAUGGAGGACUAGUGUUUUAUUCGACUGACUUUACACCCAAUGAGCCAUUGGAUCCCGUGCAACUGAGGGAAAUAGAUCGGAUCCGCACACGACUCGCAGCGACCCGGAGCCAACAACUCGUUAUCCCCGAGAGUGAAUUUCCAGACACUCAUCGCUUGUAUCUCGGAUUUCUCAAGCCACCCGGUCCUGUCGUGCCACCUGGGUCUGUCAAGUCACCUGGGUCUGUCAAGUCACAACGUGGAUCUGUCAAGUCACAACGUGGGUUUGUCAAGUCACAACGUGGGUCUGUCAAGUCACAACGUGGGUCUGUCAAGCCACGCUGGUCGACCAAGAUAACUGCGCAUUACAAGCCAGACAACAACGACCAAGUUGAAAACAAUCGAGAUCUAAGAAGGAGAAGAUUGACGCUAAAACUAGCCGACUUUCUGCCUCAUUACAAGCAAUGGUAUCAACGUUGGUUCGAUGAGACUGAGAUAGACUUCGAAAAAACUCUUCUUGAACCUUCCUUCAUCAAUGUAAAGCACGUUGGGCUCCUCUUCCCACUCUAUCUCUUUCACGUUGAAAUGAUAUGUUCGAUUGUCCCAAGAAAAGAGGAACUCACCCUAAAAACUGAACUCUACCAGGCCCAAGAAGCCUUCAAAUACUGGGUAACAAUCUACCAUGACCCAUCUUCUUGCAGUAAUCAACAGCUCAAAUCGGCCCUCAAACCGCUGCUCCGCUGUGGGAGAGACAAGAGUAAAGCCCUGGCUAUUCUUCCACUCCUCUGGAGUUUUUUGGAGUAUUGGAUUUUUGCUUACAGAAAUGGAGUUUUCAAAAAGAAGAAGAAGGGUGUUCCAAAGACGGUCAAAGAAUUCUUCAAUAACAUCUUCACUUAUUCCUAUUCAGCUCGUCAUCGAAGUUACAUUGCUAGGAUAAAAUUGGAACGGCCUGAACAAAUAGGCUUUAUUGACAGCUUGAUAAGAUAA